CAGACGGCGGCCGGGUCACGUGCUGCUAAGCUGGCCGCGCCGUCGGCGGGGCUGCAGCUGCGGGGACGGCGACAGGAGGCGCGGGGAUAAGCUGAGCCCCUCGCCCCGGAGCAGAUGAUGCAUUUCUUGUGCUCAGCGAUGAAAGCUCAAAUUGAAAUCAUCCCCUGCAAGAUCUGUGGCGAUAAAUCAUCAGGAAUCCACUAUGGUGUAAUCACUUGUGAAGGUUGCAAGGGGUUCUUCCGGAGAAGCCAACAGAGUAAUGCCACCUACUCGUGCCCGCGGCAGAAGAACUGUCUGAUUGACCGAACGAGCCGGAAUCGGUGCCAGCACUGUCGAUUACAGAAGUGUCUGACAGUGGGAAUGUCUCGUGACGCUGUCAAGUUUGGUCGGAUGUCCAAGAAGCAGAGGGAUAGUCUGUACGCUGAGGUACAGAAGCAUCGCCUGCAGCAACAACAGAGGGACCACCCCCAGCCCCCUGGUGAAGCUGAGCCCCUAACCCCACCUUAUAGCAGCCUGGCAGAACUGAACAACGACCUCAGCAACCUGUACAUGGAUGGGCAGGCAGCGGAAUUGGGCAAGGCAGACUCGGCAAUGAACAAUCUUUACCUGGACAUCCAGCCGUCUCCUGACCAGUCCGGUUUAGACAUUAACGGCAUUAAACAGGAGCCCAUUUGUGAAUAUGCAACAGCCCCGGACUUCUUUCCCUACUGCUCCUUCACAGAUGGUGAGACGUCUCCAACUGCCUCAAUGGCAGAGCUAGAACACCUUGCACAGAACAUUGCCAAAUCGCACAUUGAGACCUGCCAAUACCUCCAGGAGGAGCUGCAGCAACUAAUGUGGAAAACGUACAUGCAGGAGGAGCUGGAAAUUUAUUUGAACAAGCCCAGGGAGGUGAUGUGGCAGCUGUGUGCGAUCAAAAUCACAGAAGCAAUUCAGUAUGUGGUGGAGUUUGCCAAGCGCAUUGAUGGAUUCAUGGAGCUGUGUCAAAAUGACCAGAUCGUACUUCUGAAAGCAGGUUCUUUAGAAGUUGUGUUUGUCCGAAUGUGUCGAGCGUUUGACUCCCAGAACAACACCGUGUAUUUUGAUGGGAAAUUUGCUGGACCUGAUGUCUUCAAGUCGCUGGGUUGUGAUGACUUGAUCAACUCUGUCUUUGAAACUGGCAAAAGUCUGUGUGCGCUGCACUUGGUGGAGGAUGAGAUCGCCUUGUUUUCUGCUUACGUGUUGAUCUCAGCUGAUCGUCUAUGGCUUCAGGAGAAGAUUAAAGUUGAGAAGUUGCAGCAGAGGAUCCAACUGGCCCUUCAGCACCUUCUGCAGAAACAUCACCGAGAGGACGGCAUUCUGACCAAGCUCCUAUCUAAAGUGACCAUGUUACGAGCACUGUGCAAUCGACACACUGAGAAGCUCUCCUCAUUUAAAGCAAUACACCCAGACAUUGUGCGUGUGCAUUUCCCUCCACUGUACAAGGAGCUGUUCAGCUCUGAGUUUGAGCAAAUAAUGCCAACAGAUGGAUAAUCACUGGCACCAGUCGACAUCGCAACUUGGAAGUCCUGCCGCGGGUCACAUAAUGAGAUUCUGUUGCUCAGUGCAUCAGCCGUGUGCACGGCCCAGGAGAUCAAAGAGGCGGCAAGGUCCUGGGUGACUUUAGAGGCUUGGGGCGGGGGGAUUAACAUUAGUUUCCUAGUGAGAGUUGAACCUGUUUUUCUCAUGCAUUUAGUUUGUGUAGAGCACAGCGUACAGUGACAUUAUAAUGCUGAGAAGCUUCUUUAGAGCAAAUCUUUUACAGGGUAUAUUAAGUAAAUACAGUGACUAUAACAUUUAAUAUCAGUAUAUCAUUUUAACUUUGAUGUGCUGUGAGAUGAUAUAUAAAUCUAUAUUUUAAGCACCUUUUCCCAGUUUGUACAUGAUAUGUUGGUAUUUAUUAAAUCUGUUAAAGGACAUGCACAAGAAAUACAAGUUUAAUUGUUGAGUGUACAGGAGGGGGUGCGAGUUUCAGAUGCUGCUGUUUAAAUUGAUAUUUCUGUGUUGUAGGAAUGCCCACACGAUUUGUCUGGUUUACAAUCGCACUCCAGUUUCCAUUGUCUGUGUGGCUGAAUAAUGUGCAACAGAUCCAGAAUAGUACGGUGAAAGGUGGUGGGAUCAAAUGAUUUAUAAAAUACAAAGCCUUGUCUGGACCACUUAAGAAAGAGUUCUAUUUUUAUAACCCUUGUAUGACUAUUAGGAAGCACUUAAAUAUUCCGGCAAUAAAAGAGAAGUGAUUUGUGUAAGAUGCUUUUUUGUAAGGCAAGACAAUAAUAGAAAGAAAUAUUAUUUUCUAAAAGCUUGGUAUUAUUUUCUUCUGAGACCAUGUCUGAUUCUGUCUAGUGAGAUAUUUCAUCUGAUGUGCCACACUGUUUAUGUUGUUCUGGCAAAUAUCCUUAAAAUGGAGGUUUCCUUGUGAAACAACAUUCCAAAAAUGUGUGAAUAUGUAGAAAUGUCUAAAGCACAUGUCUGGAUUUUGGUGGGGAGAGUGGCUGUGAGGUUUAGAUGUUAGGUGUACAUGGGGUGUGAGUGUGUGCAAAUGGGAGUAAUGGGUUGUGUUUGUGUUUGAAUGUGGGUAUAUGGGUGAAGGAAUGUAUGUAUAUGUGUGGGUGAGUGUGAGUGUGUGCAUGUGGCAGUGCAUAUGUUUGUGGCGAGCCUGCUUCACUGUUGCUUUUUGCACGUCUCAUUGCUCUGUAGUGCAAUAUGUAAAAGAGCACUCACUGGUGCACAUUUAACCCCUCAGGGAAGUAAACCGUGUGUUUCUGCAGUCUCUUAUUGUGCUAAGGGCUGUUAUCUGUGUGUCUGUGUGUGAGGUAGUCCCGGAGUUAGUCUGGCUCCGGGGGUGAUCUGAAUCUUGCAGUUUAGGCCAGUGUUUGUUUGAGUGUGGUGGGUUAUCAUUUGGCUGGCAUUUGCUGUUACUGUGAAAACAAUCCAGGAUUCUGACUGCAUCUGAAGACUUUUAGGAAGAAAUUCCUCGUGGUCAGAUGGAGGAUUUGAAACUUUAGCUCAGGGAGCCUGUUUGGUUAUAAUGAGGGUAUGAAAAUGGUCAGGUACUUCUGUUAACAGCAAAACAGCAAGGACAUACAGGCUCAAAGAGGUUGCAAACUGACUUUACAAUAAAUUACAUACAGUUACUAUUUAGUUACAAAUCAAUGUCUUUCAAAACCUCAGCCAUUGUACAAGGAUGGUUUAGGCUUUGUUUCUAUUGUGGGACUGCUUUUUUUGUGGACUCUUCUAUGGAAUACUGAUAGAUGCCUAACUUUAUCAUCACACUGUUCAGCAGGCAGAUCUGUUCUCCCAAAUGUUUCUACCUAAGCGGCUGCCAAAUGUCCUGUUGCAUGUUCUGAGAGUUUAUACGGCCCACAACUUGCUCCCGUUCAGCCUGCUGGGGGGAAGCAGAAUCACUGUCAGAGGGACAUUCCCCAACUGGGAUAGGGAACAAAGCCCUUGAUCUAGUCUGAAGAAAAGGACAACUUGAUCCCAGAGAAUACACUAGUAAAGUAAAGCCCUUUAGAAUAGCCAUUAGCCUUCAGCUGAAGCAUUAGCUCCACCCUUGGCACCUUACCUGCCUACUGUGUACUAGGGCAUUGCCACACUCUGUUUCCUCGAGGUGACAAGGCAGUAGGGGUAGGCUGCAGUCACCCCAGCAGUCUAUCCACUGAUCACCCUCACCAGGAUUUUUUGCUGUGGUGGUGUUCGGGAGCAUCCAUUCCAGGACUCUGCUGAGCCCAUGGCAAACGCCAAAUUCCUAUCUACUCAUUCACACAGGACUCCACUGCCACAAGUAUUUGAUACCCUUUCUCAUAGUUGGGUGACCCAUCCACAGCUCCCCCUCACUUUCUUUCUGGUUGCAUUCUCCCAAUGAAUGACUGUCAAGCAGAUUCUUGUCCAAGCUACAAUAUUUCCAUAAUUAAUAAGCAAGAGUUCAAAAUAAAUAUGAAAAAACACAGCUGUUCUUUUUGCUCCCUCAAUGUUUAUUUUUUCAUUAUCCCAGGUGAUUAGUCUUCAUUUCUCGGAAUCCUCGGGAUAAUCCCAAUGAUUUGUCAACUCCAGCAGUGUUUAAGGUAAUUAAUUCCUGCAUUCUCCCCCAGAUGUGUUUCUGCUCCAGAUCAGUGUUCUGGCUGCCAAAGGACAGUGUAUAACUCCUCAGAACUCUGGGUAAAUACUGUCGAGCAGAUCCUGCAGUGGCCUGCUUUCAUCUGCACAAGGUCAACUGGCUUCCUCAAGAACAUGCAAUCUUUAUUGUCACCAUAAGGCAGGGUCUUCAAAUAAAUGAAAAACUGUAGAUGCUGUAAUUCUGAAAUAAAAAGAUAUAAUGCUGAAAAUACUCAGCAGAUCUGGUGGUGUCUGUAGAGAAACGGUUGACACAUCACCUGUUGAUUGUUCCUAGCAUUUGAUGCUUUUAUCUUUGAGUAAAAGACAAUACCCUCCACUCACCCUGUUCUGAUUCACUGCCACUGUGCCCGCUCCUCCCCAUCAAGGGUCAACAGUUCGGUAACAAGGUACAACAAAAUCAAGCUGCUGGAAGACCAUCACGGGUGGUCUGGACCAACAAAGGAAAAGGGUGGAUUAGUGAUACAACUGAAACUUUGCUCAGAGCUGGUCCACAACGAUCAACAAACUUAGAAACUAAACUUCCAGUUCUCCGCUCUCCCCUGUGAGACCUGUACAGAUAAGGCCUCUGUGCCAUCAGCAGUUUCUCUUAGAAAGACAGAUUUCCAAAAACUACAAGAAAUCCUAGUGCGUUUCUUUUACCUUGGUGCCAUGGAGAGUUAUAUUGGGUGCUUCCCAGACCCGGGAACAGUGCCUGGCUAGUGAAACAAUUCAUUUCAACGUGUACACAAUCAGCACCAGUGUUGCUCAGAAGGUCAUCAACGUCCAUUACCAAUGUAGCUCAAGUGAGAUACUACUCUGGGGUUGGCAGCCCUUGGGAGAGUCACCAGCUGGUUCUGUGGGUGUGGGAUGUAAGACACUGUUGGCAUAAUUUAAUGGGGCACAGCUUUUCCUUAUUCACUAUGAAUAAAACCUCAUCUGUUUUAAGUGAGAUUUUUCUCCUCCCUUACAUCUAUGAUUAUGUAUUGAAACUACUUAGACAUGGCCACCUGCUCUUCAGUUGUUGGUAAGCAGAGGCUUGAUGGGCUGAAGGGCCAGUUUCCCUGCUUCAUCUUUCUGACUCUAUCUUCCACUUUGCUCAGUAUUUGCACCCCACUCAGCAGGUACCUCACCACAAUUGAUUUAUUCCUCCUUGGUGUUGCCUGCUCACUAACACAUGCUCUCUGCACUGCGCAGUAUCCAUGGAAGUGUUCUCAGAGUUCAUUUGCACAAUUUAGUUCAGGCUCCUUUACAUUGACAGGGGAGUAUGGAUUUUUAGAACAUUUGAAAGCAGUUUUUAAUGUGCAAACAAUUUUACAAUCACAAGCAAUAAAAGAUAUUUUAUAUGGUGAAAAAAAUUUUCUUAAGAAGUUUUUAAUCGAGAUAUUUGUUUGAGUUGCUGUGUGCAUUAAUCUCAUCCAAACAAUGGCCUGGUGUUUGGACAUUAAUGUAUCAGAUUAAAGCGGACUGUGUCCCUUGUGUGUGUUCGUCCUCAUUGAAGGGGGGUGUUUUGUGUUGUGGGUUGGGCCAAUGUUGACCUUUGCAGCUGUAUUAUACUUCCCCAAUCUAAAGAAAGUGUUAAUGGGGCAAGCCCAGACAAGGCUUUUACUGUUAAUGUCAGGUGGGAAAGUUUCAAAUAGAAUUUUAUCCAUUUUUAUAAAAUCUUAGCAAUUUUUGUCUCCAAAGUUCAAACAAUAAAAGCUAAAAGUCUAGCUAUAAAAUCAUGUCAAGCAAUAAAAGAUUAAAAAAAUAAAUAUCUGUGCAUAGUAAAUCUUAGACCUGGGCUUGUAAAUGCUGCCUGCUAUGUAUUACCUUCAUCGCUGUAAAUUACUGACUGUUUGGUACAGAAGAAUUUGCAAUGGCCCAUUUAGAAUCCCUACCCUCUCUUUUAUCUUAUAAUAUUUAAUGUUGAUUCACCAUGUAUACAGUUAUCCUUUUUAAAAUUAUUUGUUUCUAUAUAGGUAAGGAAGAAAAUGGUAUUAUCAAGCUGCUCGGAGCAAAUAUUUAACUGUUUAUUAAAUAAAGCAUUAUAACUGUAUAAUAUCUUUAUGUAUAUGCUAUUUUAGCCAUAGUUACAAACUAAGGUGUACUGUUUUGUGUUUCCUGCUGUGUGGUGCUAGAUGAGUUGCUUUUGAGAAGAAAUAUCAUUGUUCCUGAAUAAUACCACCGUGCAGUCACCUUAAUUUCACUAAGUAGGUCAGCCACAGAUACACGUAUUAAAAGGCAAAACUUGGGAUACAUACAAAGACUGGGAUAAUUUAUUCCUCUUGAUAAAGGACUGUGUUACUUCCUUUAGAUGCAUCUUUUUUGAAUCUCUUUGCCUAUGGUCUGUCAAUCCGAGAUAGUCUUGUUCCUUCACUGAUUCUUAAAUAAAACAAGUAUUUUGAUCUGUUUGUAAAUAAAACUGUAAAAAGAGAGAUUUAAUGUUGUCUUUUAAAAAUUCAGAUUUUCAUUCUAAUAUGAAUGUUGUUAUAUUGUACUUAGAAACAGUUACCUUUAAUAAUACCGUAUGAAAACUGCAGUUGGCACAUCAAUUUCAGAUGUGUUCAUGUGCAGUUACCCUCACAAUAAAAUUAUUGCUUAUUAUUG